AACCCCAUUCAGCUUCAGUUCAGUAUCAAUUGCUCGUUCGUCCGGUGCGGAGUGCUGCCCGCCGUGUCGUCGCCGUCUACCCAACAUUCGACAAACGACGAGUUGCAAACUAAGUCAUCUUCUAAUCGCGCGAGAGCGGGUUCGCGUGCGUUCAGUUUCUCUUUGGACGGCAUCCGAAACGGGUCACACUUCCGCGCACACGCGGGAUUUAGUAGAACGAGCCGCGAUUACUGCACACACUCAGGCGGAGGAGCAGCUCGAAGGACUUCAACCGACAAGGAGCGACGGACCUCGUCUCAACCGGGAGCUGCUGCAUUGCUGGGUGGUAGGACCCAUCCAAUGAAGCGUGCAAAUCAGUCAGUCGCUCACAGUGUGUAGACUCUGUCUAUAGUAUUUAUUGGUCCGACUUGGGCCGCCCACGUUCCACAACCGUGCCAAGUGCGGCCAAUCACACCACGCUCACGAUGGGAAAAUCCGCAGUGAUUGUCCUCAUCGGCACAGUAUUGCUAGCAGCGUCCUCAGUGCGGAGUCAAACCCCUAUCGGGGCCAACGUAGUGCUCGAUCCCCAGGAUAUAUCCGUACUGGUGCACGAAACCAAAGAAAUUCUGGUCCGCUUCCGCGGUCAGCUCACGCAGAGUAUACAGUUCAAUUUCUCCAACGAACACUCGGAGUUCGUCAUCGUUACACCUUCGGUGAUCUCGAUCGAUGCUCCCUCGAAUGGGUUUAUCGAUAAGGCCGUUCCGGUCGCCCUGCAAGCCCAGUCACCCGGACAGUUCGACCUGGUGGGAAAGAUUAUUCCGGCUGGACUGAUCGAUGAUGCGAAGGCUUUCAUCAGGGUAACGAUCGCCAACUCCACGGCGAUCAUCUACGUAUCGCUUGUGAUCGGAUGGAUCUACUUCGUGGCGUGGACGAUAUCGUUCUGGCCGCAAAUGAUCAUCAACUUCCGGCGGAAGAGUGUCGUCGGGUUAUCGUUUGACUUUUUGGCGCUGAACCUGCUGGGCCAUACGCUGUAUGCGAUCUUCAACUGCUCACUUUUCUGGAACGAUCACAUCGAGCAGGAGUACUUCAACAGGAAUCCCCGGGGGUUGAAUCCGGUCAUUGCGAACGAUGUGGCGUUCUCACUGCAUGCCUCGUGCGCUACAUUUCUGACUGUGGUGCAGUGCUUCUUGUACGAGAGAGGAGAACAACGGGUAUCGUAUACGGCCCAGGGUAUUCUUGGAGUGUUUGCGACGAUAAUUGUGGUGUCUGGCAUUCUGGUUGGUACUGAAACUUGGCACUGGUUGGACUUCUUGUACGCACUCAGCUACAUCAAACUUGCGAUCACCUUGAUCAAGUACGUACCGCAGGCGGUACUGAACUUCAGGCGGAAGAGUACAGUGGGAUGGAGUAUCGAGAACAUCCUUCUCGACUUUACCGGUGGUAUGCUGAGCAUGCUGCAGAUGUUGCUCAAUGCUUAUAAUUAUGAUGAUUGGGCAUCGAUCUUUGGGGAUCCGACCAAGUUCGGAUUGGGACUGUUCUCCGUACUGUUCGAUAUUGUCUUCAUCGUGCAACAUUACGUACUGUACAA